CUCGGCGGCUUCAUUGUAAUUUGAUCAGAGAAGCAGGAAUAUAUUGGUCAAUUACACAAGAUUUUUAUAAACCUCGCUCUUCAUCUUCGUCGCCAUAAACCCUAGGUCGGCCGCUGCAGACCGGACUGUCUAGUUCAUCCAGGUUUGAUUGAUUAGAGUUGGGGGAGGGGGGAGUUUCUUUGGCGACCAAUGGCGCCUCCUACUAAAGCCGCCGCUACAAAGAAGGCUGAUCCAAAGGCACGGGCCUUGAAGGCUGCCAAGGCUGUGAAAUCAGGUGCAUCUUCCUUGAAGAAGAAGGAAAAGAAGAUCCGAACUUCGGUUACAUUUCAUCGGCCGAAGACAUUGAAGAAGGAAAGGAACCCGAAGUACCCCCGCAUUAGUGCACCCCCGAGGAACAAGCUUGACCAUUAUCAGAUACUAAAGUUUCCUCUUACCACAGAAUCAGCGAUGAAGAAGAUUGAGGACAACAAUACUCUGGUUUUUAUUGUUGAUAUCCGUGCCGACAAGAAGAAGAUAAAGGAUGCAGUCAAGAAGAUGUAUGAUAUUCAGACCAAGAAAGUGAAUACCUUGAUCAGGCCUGAUGGGACAAAGAAGGCGUAUGUGAGGUUGACUCCUGACUACGAUGCCUUGGAUGUGGCAAACAAAAUUGGGAUAAUUUAAGCCCCUUGUUAGCAUUUGUUUUUUCUAUAAAAUGUGUAUUUCUGACCCUAGUGAUUCUAUCUAGGAUAUGGCAGUUCUUUGAGCAAACUUUGAGCAUAGAGACGGACCUGCAUGUCUAUGUUUCGAUUUUGUUAACUAUUAAGGAGGAUGUUUCUGUUGUCGAUAUUUUGAUUAAUUACAUUUCAGAGUUGAUUUGGGUGCA